GCUCCAUCCAGAUGGAUCUCAACAAGAUGCCCAAACCUGCCAAGACGGCUGAGAAGUGCUCCUUGGAGCUCGUAGAUGAGGUCUUGUCUUCGAGUCGCUUCGUGUCGCUCUUUGAGCAGAAGACAGUCAAGGGGUGGUGGCCCUGUGUCGCCGAGCAGGACCAGAAGAAGAUCCUGGCGGGCAAAUUGGAAAUGACUUUGGAAAUCGUGGCAGAACAGGAGCACGAAGAGCGGCCGGCUGGUGUGGGUCGGGAUGAGCCAAACAUGAACCCCAAGCUGGAGGACCCCAAGCGGCCGGAGACCUCCUUCCUGUGGUUCACCUCCCCGUACAAGACCCUGAAGUACAUCCUGUGGCGGCGGUACAAGUGGGUGGUUAUCCUGGCCAUCGUGCUCUUCGUUCUGCUGCUCUUCCUUGGGAUCUUCAUCUACGCCUUCCCG